GGGCGGGGCUACGGCUCGUGAGCGGAAUCCUGACUGGUUCAUUCUCCCCGGAACUUCCUAGACGCCGUACGUGCCAGAUGGUGUCACUUGGAGCUUAAAAAGCUGCACGCAAGUAUUAAAUUUCUGACAAUGGCCAAGAACAAAUUAAGAGGGCCGAAGUCCAGGAACGUAUUUCACAUAGCCAGCCAAAAAAACUUUAAGGCUAAAAACAAAGCAAAACCAGUUACCACUAAUCUUAAGAAGAUAAACAUUAUGAAUGAGGAAAAAGUUAACCGAGUAAAUAAAGCUUUUGUAAAUGUACAAAAGGAACUUGCACAUUUCUCAAAAAGCACUUCACUUGAACCUCUACAGAAAGAACUGAUUCCUCAGCAGCGUCAUGAAAGCAAACCAGUUAAUGUUGAUGAAGCUACAAGAUUAAUGGCUCUGUUGUAAUAUAGUGGUGAUGCAUCUAAUUCUCCACAAAGACCAAUAAAUUAAAUGUUUUAUACAAUUUUAUUUUUAAAAAUCUUGUUAAUGUACAGGCAUUGGCACAUUUUAAAAACAAACUACAUAAACAGAUCUUUCCUAUAACCUAGGAAAGUGGAAUGUCAGAAGUCAACAAAAUGUGAUAAACUUAAAGUGCUAAAACAGAAGGCACUUCACAAAAUCUGUUCACUGAAACAGUUAUAUAUCCUCGUUUACAUCCUUCACUUUACAAGUGGCAGUGAAUGUCUGUUUGGAUAGAAGGACAUACAGAAAUACAGGCAGUUUAGUGGCAGUAAAAAUAUAAGACAAACAAGUAAUGAGUCCUUGGCCAACAUGUUUUUGAUGACCUGUAGUGUCCUUUAACUUUCCUCUUGUAAGAAGAAAAAACAGAAGGAUUCACAAUUAGAAGAAAAGUUGAAAUCCAGAAUAUAGUUACUUUUGGGAGUGGGGAGGUUUGUGGAUAUUAAAUUACUUAUCCC